GGGUCCAUUGAACAACAAGAAUCAAUAUACUCAUCGCUGUCCUAUCAUAUAAAACAAACAUAUCACGUGCUUUAAUUUCUGUGCUUGGAAAAUUUAUUAGCUCGACUCAACUCUGCAUCGCUUUGCCACCGUAAUCCGGAUUGGCUUCAACGACUAACACGGCAUAGACAUGCUGCCGACGCCCGAUACCUCGCACGUGGCGUACGAGAGGGUAUACGAGCCAGCGGAAGACUCCUUCCUACUGCUAGACACGCUCUCCUCCGCCACCGAGACAGCAUUCCUCCAAGCCCGCUUCGGAGACGGCUAUGUCCCGCUAGUAGUCGAGGUCGGCCCCGGCUCAGGCGUCGUCAUCGCCUUCGUCAACGCACAAGCGCAAGUGCUCUUCGGAUCGCGGGACGUCCUGACAGCAGCCGUCGACGUCAACGGGCACGCGUGCAAAGCGACAAGCGAGACGGCGAAAAAAGCCGCGACGGCAACGACGACGACGACGACGACGACGACGACGACGCACGGGAGCUUCCUCGGCGCGUUCCAGGGGGACCUGGUUGCGCCGGUGCGGGACCGGUCGGUAGACGUCUUGAUUUUCAACCCGCCGUACGUGCCGACGCCCCAGCUGCCCAAGCAGCCGGGACACGCGGAUCUGCCGCUUCUGGGUGCUGAGCCGACGUUUGACGACGACUCGUAUAUGCUCUCGCUGUCCUACGCGGGCGGUAGGGAUGGGAUGGAAACGACGGAGAGGCUGAUUAACAGCUUGCCCCGAGUGCUUUCUCGCAGGGGGUGUGCGUACAUCCUGCUGUGCGCGCAGAACAAGCCGGACGAAGUCAAGCAGCGGAUCCUAGGCCUCGGGGAGGCGUGGAAGGUUGCGACGGUGGGGACUAGUGGGAAGCAGGCCGGGUGGGAGAAGCUGCAGAUCAUCAGGAUCUGGGCAGAGUAGGUUGUUAACAGCACGUAGGAGGAGGAGGGUUUUUGGUUGCCAAUGGGACUUUAUUUGUUUGGUUUCUUGGUGAGCUUUCAGCUAGCUCCGCAUGAAAGAAGAAAAAUUAAGUAGUGUUUGCAAAGGAGCCAUACCAGCUUUGCCAUUCUUUCAUGGUUGUGUUUCUGUGUGUGUGUGUUGUGUUUUCAUUUGCCUACCCCC